AUGAAAGUUUCAUCUGUUACACUAGCUGCUUGCUUGUUAGGCUCUAGCGCUAUUGUUUCUGGCUUACCCCAUCUCCACGUCAAGCGUGACGACGAUUGUAUUACCACUGUUAAUGACUCUCACAAGCAUAAGAGAGCCGUUGCCGUCGAAUAUGUUUACGAGACUAUUACCGUUGACAACAGCGGUCAACCAAUCACCAGUGCAGCAACCAAACCUGCAGUUUCAUACUCAGGUGUUUCAUCAGUUUUGACCUCAACUUUGGUACCAGAAAUCUCUAGCACUGCCACUGCUUCCGCAGUUUCUUCUUCUGCUGCUCCAGUUUCUUCUUCCUCUGUUGCUACUUCUGUAUCCAGCACCACUACAUCGUCUAGCGAAGUUCCAUCAGCAUCUUCGAUUACCUCUUCUUCGGUAACCACUUCAUCCGCAGCAGGAACCUCAUCAACCGCUACUUCCUCUGUGUCCUCUGUGUCCUCUUCAACUUCGUCUUCUUCGGGUGGUCUUGCCGGCGAUUUGAAUUCAUUUUCUCCUCCAACGGAGAAAUUCUCUGAUGGUACUAUCCCUUGUAGCCACUUCCCAGCUGGUCAAGGUGUUGUUCCAAUCGAUUGGAUGAACCAGGGUGGCUGGUCUGGAAUCGAAAAUCCAGACACUUCCGUCGGUGGCAGCUGUUCUGAAGGCUCCUACUGUUCUUAUGCCUGUCAAUCAGGUAUGUCAAAGACCCAAUGGCCAUCCAAUCAACCAUCUGACGGUAGAUCCAUUGGUGGAUUGUACUGUAAAGGCGGCUUUCUGUAUCGUUCCAACACUGAUCACGAUUACUUGUGCGAAUGGGGUGUACAAGCUGCCGAAGUUGUUUCUGAACUUGACAAAGAUGUUGCUAUUUGCAGAACUGACUAUCCAGGUACCGAAAAUAUGGUCAUUCCAACUUUUGUUCAGGCUGGUAAUUCCUCACCACUAACCAUCGUCAAUCAAGACACCUAUUACACUUGGAGAGGUAUGAAAACAUCUGCUCAAUAUUAUGUGAACAAUGCUGGUGUUUCUGUGGAAGACGGUUGUAUCUGGGGUGAACCAGGCUCCGGUAUCGGUAACUGGGCUCCAUUAAACUUCGGAGCUGGUUCGGCCAGCGGUGUCAGUUAUUUGUCCCUGAUCCCAAAUCCAAACAACAAAUCCCCAUUAAAUUUCAAUGUAAAGAUCGUUGCAGCUGACUCUUCAGCAAACGUGAUCGGAGAGUGUGCCUACGAAAAUGGUUCAUUCCAGGGUGGCUCUGAUGGCUGUACCGUUUCCGUUACAUCUGGAAUGGCUAAAUUCGUGUUAUACAACUAA